AUGGGAGACAGCUCUUCUCGAAGCAGCAGCAGCAGUGGCAAAGUCCAAACCAUUAACAGUGUUGGCAUGGGAAGACUGAUUGGCAAGAACGCUAUCGUCACAGGAGCCGCUGGUGGUAUCGGUCUCGAAACAUGCAUUCUCUUCGCCAAAGAAGGAGCCAACGUCCUCAUGGCCGAUAUCUCCUCAGCAGCACUUGACAAAGCCUCCGCCAAACUCAAGCAACUCGUCCCCUCCGCUCACAAAGUCGAUAUUCAGGUCUGCGACGUCUCCAAGGAAUCCGACAUCGAAGCCCUAGUCGCCCACGUCGACGCCUGGGGCGGCGUAGACAUCAUGUUCAACAACGCAGGCAUAAUGCACGCCGACGACGCGGACGCCAUCGACACGCCCGAGAAGAUCUGGGACCUCACGCAAGCCAUCAACGUCAAGGGCGUCUGGUUCGGCUGCAAGCACGCCGUGCUCUCCAUGCGCAAGCACAAGAAGACCAAGGGCUCCAUCAUCAACACCGCGUCUGUCGUCGCCUUGGUCGGUUCCGCUACUCCUCAGCUGGCGUACACUGCUUCUAAGGGUGCGGUUCUGGCGCUUACGAGGGAAUUGGCGAUUGUGCAUGCGCGUGAGGGCCUGAGAUUCAAUGCUCUUUGCCCGGCGCCGUUGAAUACUCCGUUGUUGCAGGAUUGGUUGGGAGAUGAUAUCCCGAAGAGACAGAGACGCGAGAUUCAUUUCCCGAGUGGACGAUUUGGUGAAGCUAUUGAGCAGGCGAAUGCGGUGUUGUUCUUGGCUAGUGAUGAGUCGAGCUUUAUUAACGGUCAGGACUUCGUCGUCGACGGUGGAAUGACAAAAGCAUAUGUCACUCCCGAAGGACCACCCCUUGUCGGCCCAAAGAACAACGCCUCCCUUUCCGAGCAAGUCGAUGCCAUCCGCGGCACUGGUAUCUAA